CCCCUAACGGUCCAAAGAGAACGUCGAAGAAGGAUCGCGACUGCUCGAGACGAGGGGUUACGGUGGGCGAAUUUGAAGACAGUUCUCCGUGGGGAAGCAUCAACCCUAACGUACCGUGCAGCGAGAGACGCGUGGAAAAUGUCCGAUCACUUCAUCCUAAGUGAGGACAAUGUCCUCUACUAUGUGGGAACGAGGCCUCUGAGGAGUGACCAACAGCAAGAAGACGCGAUGCUGCGUCUAGUAGUACCCUCAACGAUGAUUCAAGAGAUACUGCAGAACUGCCACGACUCGUUAGAAGGAGGCCACCAAGGGAUCGCUCGGACCUUCUACAGAGUGAAGCUGGAUUAUUACUGGACCGGUCUAUACGCGGACGUACCGAGGCAUGUGCGGUCCUGUCCCGACUGUAGCUCAAGCAAAAGUCGACCAACGACCCGCGGAUACUCCCCAGGGAACAUACUAGCGGAACAACCGUUUCAAGUUGUUUCGAUGGAUUUUGUAAUACCCUUACCGAAGUCUCGGCGGGGCAACACUGUUCCAAUGCGCAUUCACGGGGCACGUGAUGGACAAAGCCAUGGCAGAUACGACUGCUCUGAGAGUGGCUCAUGCUUUUGA